CGUAGGCAAACAUAUUGGAUAUGUUGCUGGAUUGACCCGCUAUGAGAAUAAUAUAUGGAUUUAAGUUAAAGUGUUAAUAUUAUUCUCAUGCGACCAUUAGUAUAACUAUCCUUCGACUUGAAGUCAUUACGUUCUUUGCUCCUUUGGAUCUGGGUCCGUUCUAUUUGCGGUGGUAAGGCGAACAUAGCAGGGUCUUAUAGCAACUGUAGGGGGAGGGUGUGAGACGAAGGUAGUUCAGCUGUUCUAUUGCGUUAGUUAGAAUCGGGUGUAGGAGAAUCGAGAAAUAGAAUAAAAUGGUGGACCUGGGUCGGGUGCAGAAGGAGUUGAAAGAGUGCAACAGAGAUGUGCAGGAUUCAGGCAUACAGAUCAGUCCGAGAGGGGACGGGUUGACUCAUCUGAACGGCACUAUUCCUGGCCCCAUCGGUACUCCCUACGAAGGGGGAAUUUUCAAGAUCGACAUAAUUCUACCUGAUGGAUACCCAUUUGACCCUCCAAAAAUGAAAUUCUCCACAAAAGUUUGGCACCCAAACAUAAGCAGUCAAAGUGGUGCAAUAUGCCUCGACGUCUUGAAAGACCAGUGGAGCCCGGCACUUACUCUAAAGACGGCACUCCUCUCUAUACAAGCGCUACUUUCUGAUCCUCAACCAGAUGAUCCACAGGAUGCAGUGGUAGCACAACAGUAUCUUAGAGAUUACAACACCUUUGUUGGCACUGCUCGGUACUGGACAGAUGCUUUUGCCAAACCCUCUUUCGGACUUGAUGAAAAGGUGCAACGAAUUGUAGAAAUGGGUUUCCCUGAAGCCCAGGUUAGGACUACCCUGGAACUAGUUGGUGGAGAUGAAAACCUUGCUCUUGAAAGUCUAUGCUCAUGCUAGUGAGUGCCUGUGUCAAAGAGGCAAAGAAUAUAUGUUCUGACAUGGCUGACUCUCUGCUUCCUUGGGAAUGCUGAAACCAAUAAAAAAGAGGCAAAGAAACACAGCAAGAAACAAAUCUUGAACAUUGUAAGCCUUCUCUCACUAGUUUUUUGUUACUCUGUUUUGAACACUUGAGAUCUUAUGUCAGCAAUAUCAUACGCAUAACACUUAAUGAGAGAAUUGCUGAUAUAUUUCAGGUUACUUUGCCUACUCUCCGCCGUUUGUUUGUGGUUUA